UCCAUUCAUAAGUAGAAUAUUUUUCUUUGUGCGCGGAUGUGUUUUGCUGAUGAUGAGAGCCCAACCCAAACUUCUUUCGCUGAAUAAAAUUCAAUUUUUGGUGUGUUUGAAGUGAAAAAAGUGUUUGUAUGAUAUUUUGCUUGAAAAGGAAGCUCAGUUGUUGGGAAUGUGAUCGAUUGAAAAAAGGCUUGCACGGUCUCCCAGUAGCAGCGAUUAAUGUGAAGAGAUCUAACCAUAGAGUGUAAAGAAAAGAGAAAAUAUCUUUUUCGUGUUGAAUCUAAAACCAUGGUGAUAAGAAAAGUUUGAAACGCAGUUGAAUUUCAUCUGAAAAAAGCAAAAGUAACAAAAAUGGUGUAAUAAGAGAGAGUGAAAAGAAAUUGCGCCACAGUCUUUUUCCACUUGGCAGAGAUUUGAUACAUUGGAGGUUGGUCGCAAACCGACCCUAGAUUUCGCCGCAGCGUAUUCAUUUAUUUUAGAGUGGUAAAAAUGAUUAUUUAUAGUGGCAAACUGCUGUAUUGCCCUUCAAAGUAAACGCCCAUUGUUUCCCACUGUACCGAACCGAUUGAACAUAAAAAUCGGGAACCAACUCGAUUGUCCAGGGUAAAUUGGCUGCCAAAUUGAGUGAUAGGGGCUGGUUGCCAUAGUGCUGGACUUGGAUGCCAUCGUCACUUCGUGCCGUGGGAUUGUAUUGUAACAUUUUGCAUUACUAAAAAAUAAACCAGAAGGGAAAUAUCUGCAAGCAAAAUGACCGACAAAGUGACUAAAUUCGAGCGGAUGGCAUCGGCAAAGCCGGUCCCUAUGAAGUUGUUCGCCGCUUGGGAAGUAGAUCGUACGCCGUCCAACUGCAUUCCAAGAUUGUGCUCCUUAACGAUAACACGACUCUCCCUGCUCACACCUCUGCCGCCCGAUCUCACCUCUCUAUCGCUGGCGGUCAAAAUGCAAAGCUCCAAACGUACGCUUCGUUCGCACGAGAUUCCAGUACCCCAAUCUUUGAGCGUUGGCUUUGGGAGUACGCUGAGCGGUGGCAACCUCGCCAGUGGUGGUCCCGGUGUGAUAGGCCAAAGUGGCCAGCUCAAUUCUCCACCAUUGCUCGAAACAGAACUUGAUCUCCAUUUCAGCCUGCAAUAUCCUCACUUCAUUAAGCGCGAUGGCAACCGAUUGCUUAUUUUGUUGCAACGGCGGAAGAAGUAUAAAACCCGUACUAUCCUAGGUUAUAAAACACUGGCCGAAGGUGUGAUCCGAAUGGACGCGGUUCUUCAGAAAUCCAUGGACAUGACGGUAGAACUUAAUGGAUCCAGCAAAGCAGGUCGACAAGGGCUCACGAUAGCCACAUUACGUGCCACACAGGUCACUUCCAUUCCAGUGGAUCAAGACAAUAAAAAUAACAAUAGUUUACUUGUCACGGAUCGUGUUAAUGAGUAUUCCGACGAGGAUGAGGAGCAAGAGUUCAGCUCCGGUGACGACAACGACGAUGGACUGUCGGGUUAUGCUGCGAAACGGAAUUAUGCUGCAAAGCGGGACCCAUACAAGAAGUUUGAUCGAGGUGACAACGAUGAAGGAGGUGAUGAAGGAAAUUUGCUUCCUUCGAAUCAAGUGGACAGUGACAGUGAUUUCGAUAAUUUAGGGAAGGAUAAAGGAUCUCGAGCAAAAAUGAGUCGUCAACGAAACUUCAAACAACGUAUAAUUUCACUACUAAAGCGAUUUAAAGUUCCUGACGAGCUUGAAGGGGACGCGCAAGAACGCGGACCUUCUUUGCGUGGCAAAAGAGAUUUAGAUGCACUCUUCCAAGAGCUUGAGUCACUGUCCUGUGGCGAGGGGGACGAUUCCGGUCAAGAUAUGGACAGUUUGUCAAUUGGUUCUACACCAAAGCCAUCAUUGAGGCCAUUUUUUGAAAACACAAAGCCGACAUUAACUCAUCAACAGUCUGCUGUACAGUUGAGCUCUUUGCAAAAAAGCACUAAAGAUUUUAUGCCAGAAAAGAAAACAAUUUUAGAGAAGCGUGACUCACUCGCCGAAAAGAAAAGCAAUUCCGUAACAAUUGCCAAUAACAUAAUUAAUAGUACGAUCAACAACAAUAUCAGUAAUAACAAUCAUACUAGCAAUUACAAUAACAGUAUGAGUAACAAUCAAGAUCGAUCAGGCGAUUGGAAGAAUGAUAGUUCCGGCAACGAAGGAGGUGCGGGAAACACGGACCCUGAAGCUCUUUCAUCGGAUCCGCAAAAUGCGGGGAGUCCACCGAAAGAGAAGGAAACGGCGGCAGUGGAGAAGAAGAAUCGUCUAUUCCGUACCAGCAGUAGCACUCCCAAUAGUGCCAAGAAGCAGAAACAAUCUCUUACUUUUCCUACCACUGCUGAUCAACCCAAAGCAUCUCCACUUGAAACCUGUUUAUCACCAACAAAUGUUGAACCACGCAAAUCACUACUGGAGCAGCUAUCACGAACAUUUACAACUGAAGAAUCCCAACUGCCAGACGUGGUCACGAUCGUAGGCCCACCGGAAACUAGCAGUAGUCCCUCUUGCACUCCUCGGCUUGUGUCGCUCAUAUCAUCUACUUUUCGGCCAACAUUUUCUCCAAAUAACACAGCCGAGGUCAAAGCUAUUACGCAGGCGCUGAUGAAUAAAAUUCAAAAAUAUUGUAACUCAACUGCUAAGCCACCAAACACUGUCAAGGUGCUUCUAGUUGGUGGGGACUGGUUACAAGGCGCCGUUUUACGUCAUUAUGUCGAGUUAUUGGGAAUCCGUCCUCCGGAUUGGGUCAAUCAUAUCAGGUUCUAUAUUGUCCCAUUAGGACUAUGCGGUGUUGCGAGAUAUCUUAGUGUGAUCGAUUCGAGUUACUCCAAUAUGUUUGGAACUGAAAAUUGGCAGCAGAACUGUGAACGGGCGGCAAACCUGGAAAGCGCACAAUCGAAAAACGAAUCGGCGGAGAUUAUCAGCCGGAUACAACGAUAUCUGCACUCGGCUGGACCUUGCACACAAGUUCCUAUCGCCGAAGCGAUGGUUAACUAUCGGGAUGAGGAUUCUUGUCAGAUAUUUGUGCCAUUUAUAAGUGAUGUUAGGAUAGGAUGCCUGGAGGGGCCACAACUGUCACUGGAUUUGGAUGAAACAAUGACACUUAAUUCUCAGCAAAGCUCCGAUCGAAUACUAUCCAGCUCGCCACCGCAAAGUGGGCGAGCUUCACCACCAGCUCCUCUUACACCGGUUGCUCUGGUGGCGCAUCAAUCCAAUAGUGGUACCCAGGAAUCAUUAGAAUUGCAGAUUGAUUAUUGGCCAUUGGCGCGGCCAAUUUUAGAUGGGAAAGAUAAAUCGCAAAGCAAGGGUCAGGAUCCGACCGGCAAGAACAGUAUUAAGAGCACCUUCCGGCACUUACAGGUUUGGAGAUUACCUUUGGCUCCUAAUAAUGGCGAGUAUUCAAACGGUCUUACUCUUAGUUAUGCCACCAAGGAAAAAAAGCAGAAAAGUGUAAUGCGAUUAGGCAAAAAGAAGGAGAAAGACCGAGACGCAGAAAAAGAGCAAUGCGUUGAAGGCGUAGCUCGGUUGAUCUGCUCGCCAAGACAGUCGCAUCCAGUUCCUAUGCGCGUGUACAUCGAUGGUACCGAGUGGACUGGAGUCAAAUUCUUCCAACUCUCAUCCCAGUGGCAGACACAUAUCAAAAAUUUCCCCAUCGCGUUGGUUGGAGCUCCGUUAGCUUCGGCCGAAAUGUUAACCUAGUCAGUUCCCUCAUCCGCUGCGGUAGUAACUGGGGUGAGAUCUACCAAGAUGGCACCGGUUUCACUGUCAUCUUGUCCGAAACCUCUAGCUGUCGGAAGGUCUGAUAAAGUGUGCUUCUCGUCUACUUCGAUUACUGUCGUUGGACGACCCGGUACCAACGGUGGUAGUGAUCGUGGCACUAAUAAAGCAACAGCUACUGCUCGGACAACUGUCAGCGGUUCCUCUCGAAUCUUACGGCCCCGCAGUUGGGCUGCAGCAAGCCGAUCUCGCUGCGAUUAGAAAGAUCUACCAUUAAGAAGUUCGACUGUUGUUAGUUGAACUAGAUGUUUUGUGUAAAUUUACGCGCUACAAUAAGGCAUAGUGGCACCAAUGGAGGUCAAUUACUUUUGGUUUCGCUCAAAAUUAUGCAAUUAGUUUUUACGUUUUUGAUGUCGCCGAUUUCUCAUGUUGUUACUUUCCUCCUAUUAAUAAAAUUCAUUAUGUUGCGUGAGUGAGAGUAUUUAAAUUGUACAAUAAAUUUAAAUUUGGUAAGGAAGCUCUUUGUAUCACAACGAACGAUUGAGCAACCAAAAAAUAAUGGUUGCUAGGGCAGACCAAACUUCGUUUUAUAAUAUUGGAACACAGGCGUCGUCCAUGCAGAGCGAACUUUAGGAUUGUGGUUCUUAAAUGUAAAAGUCGGGUGAAAAAUAGCUUCAUCGUGCAAACAAUACCUAUUUUUACUGAGUCGUUUUUGUGGAAAUUUAUGGCUGAAUGAGCAUUAUACUUAAAUGAGUAGGCAACCAAUUCAGACUAUCGCCUAAAUGUAGAAAUUGAUGCAACUACGGAGAGUUAAGCAUAGGCAGUCCUCAGUCCGUUUGAAAUUUUAAGAAUUUCGCAUUCCAAUAGAAUUAGAGAGACUUUAUGAAGCACAGCCUGCUGUUCCUACUGUUGUUUUUGCAACUCAAUCGAAAUUUGCUUUAGAAAUACAGUUGAUUAUUGAGUUAUGUUUCAUACUACAUUGUCAAGUUCCAUUUACAUUACUUGUGGUAGAGAUUAUGAAAGGUAAAAAUUAAAAAAAAACCUAGAGAUGACUCCUUGUCAUAUAUGUUAUUACGACCUUGAUUUACGUACUAUUUAGUUACGUAAUUUAUGAAAGGUCCUAAUGCUAAAUGCGAUGCCGUUUGAUAGUUAUCAGCAACACAAAUGAAAGGAGUAUUGCCGACUACACUGUCCAUGACCGCAUAUUAGUCCCAUUUGCGUAUCUAUGAAGCUGAAAAAACGAGCGAUGCAGUAUGCAUUACGUUUGCGCUAUUUCUUUAACAAUAAGUUUAACAAUAAGUUGAGCAACCCAAACAUGUCAAUAAUUGUUUUUCCCAUUUCUCAUUAGAAAAAAAAAUGAGGAUGAAACUUAAUAAGACUGAUAUGCCGCCUUUUUCUAUUUAGUUUUAUUGGAAUCUGCUCCAUCAUUUGAUUCCGAAAGUCAAUUCAAAAUUUACUCAGGCAGUUAAAGUGGUGCUUAAGUUUACCCUCACACAUAAAUAAGGCAGUUUCAUUUAACUCUCAUUUUUCCAGUUAAUUAUCGUAACAACAGUUUUUACCAGUUUCGUCUACUAAAAGAAUGUUUUCCAAGAUUAUUUGCACCUCUUACACAUGAUUUAAAAAAAAUCAUGAGGGGGUUGUGAUGUGCUUUAAAUUUUGUUUUAGUUUGAAAGAGAGGUUUCGUGUCAAAUUUUGACAUAGUAUGUUGAGGCAGGCCCAACAAUUUAUAAACAUAUGGAUACUCAAUCCUGAGUGAUUUAAGAUGUUCCAUAAAUAUGAUUGGAAAUUGAAAUGAUCAGUCCCAUUGCGAUAACUUUCCAUAUAAGGCAGGCAUGUAGCUAUUUAAAAUGGGACAAUCUGACUCGUUGUUUUGCCACAUUAUGUAACAUGUUUUACCGAAGAAAAAAAUGUUUUUUAAGAAUUUGUUGCGUACUAGAGAAGGGAGGGAGGAUAAAGAAAUAUGUGAAAAUUUAUUAUUGGAGUCAAUGUUGGCAAAUGUUACGUUACGUAAUUUAUAAAUUGUCCUCGAAUGUAGCACAAAGUAGACCUAAAAUUGGGCCAACAAAGCAUCAUCGAGCAAAAUUCAAAUGGGACAGAUAUGUGAUCAUGGGCAGACGUGUUUAAAAUGAUGCUUUUAUGUUUGAGUGCUGCGCAACAGUUUCAAAUAUGCAAUGAAAAUUUAUCAAUAUUUAGAGGGUAUAUAUGGAGAUUGGUGGAUCCAAGGAGGGGGGAGGGGGUGGUUCCCCUCUGAAAAUUUCUAAUUUGUUGAGAAAUUUCAAAUUAGUUUCAAUUUUAUAUUAGUUUUAAACUCAAAAUCAUUUUAAACCAAAAUUGACCACCAAAAAUGAGUUUCUUUAAAUAAGGUUACAUAUUACGAAUUGCAAAAUGUUUAUUUCAAAAUCGAAAUUGUAUACCCUCCCAUUUUUUUUAUGGAUCCGCCCCAGUAUAUGCAAUUUGUAAUCAUGACGGAUACCCUUGAAAAUGGCAUCAAAUUAAUAAAAAUUAUAUUCAAUGGUAAAAGUAUACUAAGUACCGAUGUAGUCAGUUGUUUAAUUUGGUGGUCCUGAUUUGGAGAGCCAACGCACGUGUGCCUUGAGUAUUUAAUUGUUUAUUUAUACAAGUUAUUGAUAUUGGCUAUUAUAGAAUGACUUAAUGUCACCCUAGUGAUUUAGUUUAGAUGUUAUGUUCGCAAUCACAAAACAUCUUAAGAACAACAAACGGUCCCGCCAUUUUCCUACGUAAAAAAGGGACAGUGGAGAGAUAAUAGUCUUUUUGAUAAAGUAUAUGCGGUGACAUUGUGUGACAACCAGAGCUGUUAAUUUUCAACAGCUUUAUUUGAACUUGAAGGAAGAACAAAUCUCGACUCAUGCCCUACUAUGUUCAAAACACAGUUGCUAGUUUUAUCAUUCAUUCAAACAGCGCAGCGCGCUUUAUACUUUUCAUCCAUUUUCAUUUGUCUUGUGAGUAUCUCUCUACUGGGGCACUGACGAGAUUUUCACACAAAACUAGCUUGAAAUUACUUCAUACAGUUCAUGUAUGCUUAAAAAUGCUAAAUUGAUCAACAUUUAACCCAAACUGUCCACUACAGAGUAGAUGACGGCUUUGGCUGAUGAAUGAAAGACCUUCAAUGUGAAAUGAAGGCGUUCGAUUUAGUCAUGGAAAUCCCACCAACUUGAAAGUGAAUGAUUGAGGAAGGUUUUGAAUUUGAAUCUUGAUCACGGAAGAUUCAACUGAAAGAAAAUAUGGCAUUUGAAAAUGAAAAAUCGCAUCACUGAUGAUAACACGUCAACGGAUUAGCAAUUGUUCAAUUGCAUCCGUUUUUGGAAUUUUCCAAAUAUCUCUGUUGUUCUCUAUCUAAGAUUUUAGGGAAUGCGACUCUUGUUAAAAUAAGGAUAUGAACGUAUUACUAACAAGACGAAGAUGAUCACCUACAGAAAAAAUAUUGCUAAAAUUAAAAGUAACAACCAACGUAUACUGCAGGUUUGAAAUUAACUUUUUACCUAGUUAAGAUAAAUAAUCAAUAUAAAAUAAAUUUUCAAACUUAAAGUAUGCUAAAAGUGUAAAACUCUUAUUUUUGCAAAUAUUUUUUUUGCACUCACUCAAUUUCGUGACCGAUCCCAAAAGUGUUUGCUUGACUGGUAACUAAGUUAAUUUUAACUCAUUUCUAUUCACUUUAAAAAGUAGAAAAAAUUGGUUUAAAUACAAGACCACCCAUAGCAUUGAGUUUUGAAAUACACCUCUACUGCCGCUAGAAGCACAACUGUCCCAUGUGUAUAGGGAUUCCCAUAGCACAUGGGACAGUUAUGCUUCUAGCGGCAGUCUAUGGGUGGCACACUAUGAUAUAGCUGUGAAAAUGCAACUGCAAACACAAUCCUCACGGAAACCAGCAACAACAGCAGAAAUCGGCACAUUUUGACAUUGUCAUUUGGAUUGUGAUAUUAAUUAACCACGAAUGAGCAAAAUAAACCCGUUAGAAUCAGGGCCUCAACUGCUAAACUUUUAUUUUGUGGAAGCUAGUCUCUCAUUUAUAAGCAUUACGAAGGAAAAUUGAAAUAAUCGAAGAAUAUACGGAAAUCAAUAUGACUGAUAGUGUUUUGAGCACGCACUGGAUGGUUAGUUAAACCGAUUUGUAACAAUAAAUAUUACAGAAAAGUAAUUUAUAUAAUCAUUGUAGAAACGCCAGGGUAUUAAAUAUUCAUGUUACUGAAAAUGAACGUUGUUCGCGAAAAUAUGUGUACAGAAUUGUUGUAUCCUGUUUCCGUUUUGGAAUUUUUACUGUCCUUACCUUUCCAGUGCUCUGAAUACAUGUUCUGUUAGGGCAUAUCGCUAGGAAUAGUUUACCGUGGAAUACUUAUUCGGUUGUUGAAUACGCAGCAUCACAUUAGUCGCAUAAUAAUCAAUACUGGUAUCGAACAAAAGCAAUGAGUAAACUGCUUUUCUCUGGACUAGAUACGUUACUACGUAUUUCACAUUUAAUAUAAUACUUAAAUACGCUCUACUAUUCUACACGUAAAUAGACAAAUUUCAUAAGCUCAUUCUUGUAGGACAAAGUUUAGGAAAGCAUGAUAUACAUUUCAAACAGCCAUAAUGCGUAGUUUUAAGACCCAUCAGAAGCAUACACAUAUAGUAAACGGAAACAUAUUCAACUGUAUGUUUAAGUAGGGUACCUUGAACCGUGAAAGUCGUCAAACAGCAAUGCAUAUAAAGUUUAUGGAAAUAGAAAAUAAAUGUGAUUUUUUUGUUAUUUACGAAAACAACA